AGCUGAAACGACUCUGAGAAGAAAUGACCGACUGUUUAUUACCAUAGUAUAUUACAUAUACUAACUCGUUAGAAUAAACAAAAAUAAAAAUCGAAAUUCAUUGUUAUCACACAAUUUGAAGAGAACUCCUGGUCAAGACUGUAAAUUCUUCAAGACACACUUUCUGCACUGAAUUUCGAAGCGUAUUUUGGGUCCCAUUUUGUAUCGGACUCUUCCCACCUGUUCCAUAAGUGUGGUGUCCAGCCACGGAGUAUGUCAGUGGCUCUUCUCAUGCGAUAUGCCACGCUCAGCGGGUCCCGUGUCUGCAGCAGGGCCGCCCUCGGCCUGACCAGCGCCCAUCAGGAAGACCCGAGACGGUCUCUACACACUCCGUCAUCUCCACGGUGCAGUAACUCCCGCUUUGAUCCAGACGGCAGUGGCUGUCCGACUACCUGGGACUCCUUUGGGAUCUGGGACAACCGCAUCGAUGAGCCCAUCAUGCUUCCAUCAAGCAUCCGCUAUGGUAAACUCAUUCCCAAAGUUAGCCUGACCAAGGUCGGCUGUGCCUCACUGAUUGGUCAGCGGAAGGAGAAUGAAGACCGCUUUCAACUAUCGCAGAUGACGGACAACAUAAUGUACUUUGCCGUUUUUGAUGGGCACGGGGGUGCAGCGGCUGCUGAAUUCUGCCACAAGAACAUGGAGAAGCAUAUUAAAGACAUUGCAGAGGAGGAGAAUAACUUGGAGUUAGUUUUAACCAGGGCAUUCCUUGAGCUGGACAAAUCGUUAGCCAGGCAUCUUCACUUCAGUGCAGAUGCCUCUCUGUUGAGUGCAGGGACCACAGCCACAGUGGCUCUGCUGAGAGAUGGGAUCGAGCUGGUGGUGGGCAGUGUGGGGGACAGCCGUGCCAUGCUGUGCCGCAAAGGCAAGGCCCUCAAACUCACUGUGGAUCACACACCUGAGAGAAAGGAUGAAAAAGAGAGGAUACGCAGGACUGGAGGUUUUAUUACGUGGAAUAGUUUGGGUCAGCCUAAUGUCAACGGCAGACUGGCCAUGACGCGCAGCAUUGGAGAUUUCGACCUCAAGACGGCAGGUGUCAUCGCAGAACCAGAGACUAAGAGAGUUUCAUUGCAUCACGUCCAUGAUGCUUUCCUGGCACUCACUACUGAUGGCAUCAACUUCAUCAUGAACAGUCAGGAGAUCUGUGACGUCAUUAACCAAUGUAACGACCCUAAAGAGGCCGCACAGCGCAUAUCUGAACAAGCUCUUCAGUAUGGAUCUGAAGACAACAGCACUAUCAUUGUGGUGCCGUUCGGUGCCUGGGGCAAACACAAAAGCUCUGACGUGAGCUUCUCCUUCAGUCGCAGUUUCGUCUCCAGUGGCCGCUGGGCCUAAGCAUAAAUAACUCAAGACACUGAUCGUUUAAGUGAUACACAACAUCGACUCACUAAUCUGAGCUAAACAAUGUGCAAUAUUCUCCUUAUCCAUCCUGUGAGGAUCACCUCAAAAAGACCGUUAAAGCCAGAAGCCACAUUUAAUGUGGUUUUGGAGUUGAUUUCUCUCAUCAGAAUGAUUGUAAGCUAUUUAGCCUAGAGAAGCACAAUAAGCAUUGAAUUAAUGUCUAAGACGGUGUUAAAGUUUUCCUGAGCUUUGAGGUUUU